CAUUAUGCUUUAAGAUUAAAUAAAAUCCUUAAGUUCAUUUCCAAAUCUCUCAACACUCUGUAAAAAAGAUGAAAAACAAAAGUAAUCUUUAGAGAGAUUACUAAAACAUAAACCUAAUGUUGUUAAGAGUUUAGAUAUCUACUCUUAAAAUAUAGAAGAAUACUUGAAAGAUCAGAGAAGAAGAAUUGCUUAUUUAAAAAAAAGAGAAGACCCCUAUUUUGAAUCUAAACCAAUCUAAGCUUAUGAUGAGGCAUUAAUAAUGUAAUUCAAUAGAGUUAAGGCUAAACAAUAUUAUUUGCAACAAUCUUAAAAAAAAAUAUCAUAGCAACCAUCUCCUGAGUAAUAACGUAAUAGAACACCAUCUAAAUAUUUUGAUAAGAAUUAUACUCCUUUAAAAAGAAAUGAAAAAUUCGAUAUUCCAUCUCUUUAACCUAUAAAUGUUUCACCACCCAAAGAACUCAAGCCUAUUCAAUUCAGAGUAAAUUAUACAUUUAUUACUAUAGUAUAAUUAUACUAUGUCACUAAAUGAUCCACUUGUCAAACAAGUUCUUAGUAUUCGCUAAUAAUGGUUUGAAGUUCCAAAUAAUUCUUUUUCUCAUCUACAAUGGCUAACGUAACUCCUUGAUUUUAGUAAUCUUACAAAAUAAGAUACUGUUUCUAAAAGAUAGAUGGUUAAUUUAAUGGAGUUUUAACAUGAAUGGUCAGCUAAGUCAUAAUUGUAUAUUAAUCUUUGCUCUAUUUCACCAGAAUAAGCUUUAAAAGUCUUACCACCAGCUUUUGUUUUAAAUUUUAAAAUAUCUUAAUGGGUUGAAGAUUUAGAUUUCAUAUAAGAUUAUUUUAUUGCCAAUCAUCCUUAAAAAGAAAAAUAAUAAAAAUUUCCAUUCUCUGUUUAUGUUCCCAAUAAAGGAGGUUAAACAUUUAAUAGAUAAAUUUCAAAAUUAAUUUAAGAAUUUCCUAAACUAUGGAUAUGUAAAUCAGCUACAGGAAAUGGUUCUAUGUUAAUAAAUAACAUUGAUUAAUUAUAAUCAUUUUUAAUUCAAUAAUACAAAGAAUAAAAAGAAUUUGUGAUUUAAAAGUAUAUUACAAAUCCCUUAUUAUAUAAUGGAAAGAAAUUUGAUAUAUAAAUUAAUGUGCUUGUUAAUUAAGACAAUUAAAUUUAUAUUUCAUCAGAACCAACAGGAAGGUGUUGUACUAUUAAUUAUGAUCUUAAUUCAGUAAUAUAUUUAAUUAAAUUCAUAGGAAGAUCCUUUUGUUCAUACAAAACCAAAAUAAAUCAUUUCUCAUAAAAAUUUAGUAGAAUUUUUAGAUUCUUAAGGGAUAUCUUUAAAAGAUCUUUUGAAUUAAAUUAAAGCUUAAAUUACUUUGAUUCCUUGUAAAUUAAAUAGAAGAUAAAGAAAAUAUUGUAUGUAAAUUUUUGGUUUUGAUUUUUUAAUUGAUGAAAAUAAAAAAAUAAAUCUAAUUGGAAUAAAUGCACAUCCAAUUUAUAGUGUUACAGAAUUAGAUGGUGCUUUUAGAUUGACUUUAGAUAAAAUUUUUCCAAUCAAUAAUAAAACAGAAGAGAAAUCAAUUUGGAUCUGCUUAUAUUGA